AUGGUUUUUCAAUCACAUAAUAACAUAUUAUGUAUCUUUAUUUUGUUUUCCUUCUUAGCAAAUGCCUCAGCUCAGCUAUCUCCAAAUUUCUAUGCAACAACAUGUCCCAAAGCCCUCUCUAUCAUAAACUCUGCAGUGUUUAGCGCUGUUUCGAAAGAGCAUCGCAUGGGCGCUUCGUUGCUCCGUCUUCAUUUCCAUGAUUGCUUUGUCAAUGGAUGUGAUGCAUCAGUCCUGUUGGAUGACACUUCAACCUUCACCGGAGAGAAAUCUGCAGGCGCGAAUGCGAAUUCGCUGAGAGGUUUUGAUGUGAUUGACAACAUUAAAACACAGUUGGAGACCGCUUGUCCUGGAAUUGUUUCUUGCGCAGAUAUCGUUGCUGCUGCUGCUCGUGAUUCUGUUGUAGCAUUAGGUGGACCAACAUGGAGUGUUGGGUUAGGCAGAAGAGAUUCAACAACUGCUAGUAAAGAUACUGCCACUAGUGAUAUUCCAUCCCCUCUGAUGGAUCUCAAUGACCUCAUAACUGCUUUUUCAAAUAAGGGAUUUACAGCUAAAGAAAUGGUAGUCCUUUCAGGUGCUCAUACAACGGGACAAGCUAGGUGUGAGUUAUUCAGAGGCCGGAUUUACAACGAAACAAUCAUUGAUUCAAGUUUUGCGACCUCGGUGCAAUCAAACUGUCCAAGCACAGGUGGCGAUAGCAACCUAACUCCACUUGAUGUCACAACCAAUGUGUUAUUUGACAAUGCUUAUUUCAAGAAUCUAGUCAACAAAAAAGGACUUUUACAUUCUGAUCAACAACUCUUCAGUGGUGGUUCUACAGACUCUCAAGUCACUACCUAUAGCACAAGCUUUUCAUCUUUCUAUGCUGAUUUUGCUACUGCUAUGGUGAAAAUGGGAAAUCUCAGCCCUUUAACAGGAAAUAAUGGUCAGAUUCGUACUAACUGCCACCAAGUUAACUAA